AUGUUGGGUCCUUCCACCAGUUCCAUCGUGGGACACAUGCCGUCUUCGUCGCUCUCGCUGGCGCAGUUGCGCGAGAAAGCGGAGCUCUUUCCGGUGCUCACACUCUACAGCUGCAUAAGCGAUGCUGAGGAGAGCGACAACGGGGCCCGGUAUAGUGCCCAGGACAAAUUUACAGGAUGCAUGUACGAGGUGCGCUGUAUUCCUUUGAACGUCUCGGCGUCGCAGAUGGACUUUGAUAGCUUUUUGGCAGCGCAGCAGCAGCGAUUAGACGCACUAACUGCGGCCUCUCAGCAAUGGAACGUGCCGCCGUGUGCCUCACUCCCCAUUGAUGCAUAUGUGCAGGAACUAGCGUCUAGCAAAGAGUAUUUCGUUGUCUCUGUGUCAUCGUUUGGGGGCCUUUCCUUGGGCGACAUGAUUCGAGCCGGCUGUCGGCUGUUGGAGGACGCGGACUUCAGUGAUAUCCUUAGCUGCGUUGAGGAGUACGCGCGGGAGAGUGUGCGAUUGCCACCCCAUCGCAAUUUGACACUGAACGCCCUUCUGCGGCAGCUCACUGUUCGCUCUGGCGCCGUUGAGAUGGACCACCCCUCGCGCUGGGUGAUUGGUGACUGGCAGCUACUUGCGGAGAAGGCUGCGCCUACGACGCACGAGGAUGUCGUCGGAGACUUGGAAUGGCUGUUGUACUCCGCCUUUGCAAAACUAGGUGUCUCGUGCGACCGGGACGGGAAGGUGCUGCAGCGGGACGUUGUGGAGAUGCGCAUCAACGAGACGAUCGAACGUAUUCGCAAGGGAACUGUGGCUGGCGUGGGGCAUGGCCCCAGAACACAUCACAGCGCCACCCACGUUGGGAGGCAAACCCAUCCAACAAAAUCCGUACUUGAAACCAAUGCUGCGGCAGCUGCUACUGCUGAUGGCCGGGAUGAGUUAGUAGACAAGGUUGCCUUGCAUAGGCGAAAACUGCACGAAGAGCAAAGCCUCCUCCAGAAUUUUCGCGGUGAGGGAACGAAAAAAGAAUGCAGCCGCAGCGUGCUUUUCCGCGACGAGGCGGAAUUAGAUGACGUGGAAGUCCCCCGGCGACGUGUCAAGCUCAUGGAGGUGUUUUACCCGAGCAAGCUCCUCAGGAACGUCACUCUAGAGACGGAGGAGAGCAGGAAACAGUUUGUCGGAAGGAAGGACGCCAUAUUGGAUGCCGUCACGGAAACAUUAAGUAUAGGCUUGCAGCGUCAUGGGCGAAAUCGACAAAUUGAAGAAGACGCAAUACAGAUGCGGCGUGAGGCGCUUCUCUCCAUGUUGAUGCGAUCAGCAACGCUGGCGAGCAAACGUGCGAAGUCUCCCUUACUAGACACAGGAACUGCAUCACCGAAUUCCCAGCUCACAGCGCAGGGGGCAUCUAGUUUUCCAAAUUGUAUGCCCUCGACAACGAAGGGGCUCACCCCCCAGAGUGACGAUUGGAUGUAUAGUGAUACGACGACCUCUCGCAAGAGCCCUUCCCCCAUAGCACGGCGGCCUGAGCUUCCGAGGAGGGUAAUCGCAUCUGUUUUAUCGCCCCGAAACCCGGAAAGUGAAUGUAUUUUAACAGCAGAACCUGAAAUGAGUAACGUUAGUGAGGAGCAGUCGAUUCCCACCUUUUAUUUGUCUAGUAAUAAGGAAGCGGCUUUGUCCGACGAAAAGGGCAUGGCCGGGCACCAAGCUCAGAGGUACACCAUUUGUCAUAACGAUCAAGAGCUACUAUCUCCGCGAAGAGGAACAUACGGUGGCGUGAACGUAACAGAACGUUCCCCAUUGACUGCUACCGCUUCACAGGGAAGGAUGCCACGAACGACAAGGAGGCGGCCUCAAGCUGAGACGGGGAAUAAACGCAGCGUCCGAUCAGCACCUCGACGGCUCGUGGGAAGUUAUUCUGUUCCACAUUUGUCGGUGGGAAAUACGGCGUGGGGUGGGGCGAGUUUUACCCAUUCUUUACUAAUAUCACAUAACAAGAGCGACAUGCUUGGUGCCUCCCAGCCUGCCUGGAGAGGUGAAGAUAAUCAUAGAUUGCCUCGUCAAACUACGAGAGGUCUUGGAGGCGCGGGGGGACUUCCGCGGGGUCAUGUUCGCGCCGCUAACGAGAAUUCAUUGGGUGUGACGACGAGACGUCGUCAUGCGGGUUUCGGUGACGGUAUGGCGUGA